AUGCCUGACGUCAAGCGCAAUGUCCGUCUUGUGACGCAGCAGCACAUUAUUGACAAGCCCUCUGAGGUUGAGGGCUUCCCUCAACGAGAGUGGUCUAUUGAGGUUUAUGUCGCCAACGAGAAGGGUGAUCUGGUGCCUGCCAACCUCUUCGACAAGGUCACCUACCACCUCCAUCCCAGCUUCGGCUCCCGCGCUGUCCAGACCUUCACGAAGCCGCCCUUCCGCAUCUCAGAAGAAGGAUGGGGUGAGUUUGACAUGCAGAUCGAGUUCACUGCGGAUAAAGCCCACUUCAUUCAGCAUGACUUGAAUUUUGCCCAGGAGCGCUAUGAGUCUAAGCACGUCCUUACUUUCAAGAACCCCAAGCCUGCUUUCCUUGAGAGAUUGCGUGAGACAGGUCCCGUUCCCGGCGAUGAGAACGGCAUGAAGGUCAAGCGUGGCGCGACUGGUGAAGAGAGCGCCAAGAAGAAGAAGCGCACUGACAAGAACGUUGAUAUGGACAAGUUGGCCGAAGGCCUGCAAAAACUCAACGAGGACGACCUGUUGAUGGUCGUGCAGAUGGUGCAUGAUAACAAGUCAUCGGAUUCUUACACCAAGAACGACGUCGAGCAGGGCGAGUUCCACGUCGACCUCUACACUCUCCCAGACACCCUGAUCAAGAUGCUUUGGGACUUCACAGCAGAGCGCGGCUUCCUCUAA